CUCAGCUCUGUAGACUGUGCAACAGAUAGAGCCAACGCGGGAUAUAAUUUGCAGACAAGUUCGAAAUGGGUCGCAGCAGGUCCCGGACCAGUUCUCCGGAGCGGUCCAGAAGUAGACACGGAAGAGAAAAGAACGACAAUAGGCGAAGAAAACACAGUUCGUCAUCAUCGUCCAGCUCUAGCAGCUCGAGCUCAAGCCCAAGCCCUCAGAGGAAGCACUCGCGUUCUUCAAGCAAGAGCCAAAGCGCCAAAAGAAAACCUGAGAAGAGCAAAGCUAAAAAGAGGAGGAGGAGCUCCUCAUCAUCGUCCUCAUCGUCAUCGUCAUCUUCAUCCUCAAGCUCCUCAUCUUCAUCUAGCGAUGAGGAGACCAAGAAGAAGAGAAAGCUUAGGAAAGAGAAGAAACGACUGAAGAAGAUUAAAGCAAAGGAAAAGAAGGAGAAAAAGAAAGAGAAGAAGAGGCUGAAGAAGAUGAAGAAGCAGGCGGAGAAGGCAGAGAGAGCUGCAGCAGAGACGUCCGUGUCUGGGCCUGUUCCAGCUGCUCAGUCUGGGGAGAGACGCCCAUCCUUCCUGGAGACCUGGCAGAAUGACGAGGCAGCAGAACAUGGACCAGUGAUGACGGAUGAACAGAAGGCCCGUCUGUCCACUAAGAGACCCCUUACUAAGGAGGAGUACGAGGCUAGACAGAGCGUGAUCCGCCGGGUACUGGAUCCUGAAACAGGACGCACCAGGCUUGUGAGAGGAGAUGGAGAAAUCCUGGAAGAGAUUGUCAGCAAAGAGAGGCACAAAGAAAUUAAUAAACAAGCAACUAAAGGAGAUGGGAGUGCCUUCCAGAAGAGACUGGGCCUCAACAAGUAGAGAAUGAUGGGAAAACUGAUUCUUCUGAGUACUGGACCCUGAUUGGACCUUACUCUGCUCUCUGGAUGUGACACCUGCCAAUCAGAAGCUACCUGCUCUCUGCUUGUAACUGUUGAAGUCUUAAGACCACCUAUCUUGUAUUUUUGAUUAAAGAAAGCCAUACAGAAAGACCAAAACAACAAACCAGUAUGUAAAGUUAAGUGCAUCAUUUCUGUCCCUCAAGUUAUACAUUAUAAAUGUGAAGCUAUUUUGGAUCAAAUAUGUGUGGGUCACUGACAACAGCACUGCCAGGGACAUAUGCACUCUCAGGUUACCUUGGGUCCCCCAUUUCCCAUCACAGUAAGACAUGGAGUCAGUCAGGUCUGAGCAGACCACAGAGAGAAACUCUCUCUUCACACCGCGUUGGGUCAUUCAUGAUGCUGUGUUACUUAGUGUGCAGAAAUGUUCAGCACCUCCCACAAAGCCUGUGCUUCCUUUCACCCUUCUCUGGUCCAAAGUUCAGAGUAUAAAAAAGUGGGUGACGGAGAUCUUUGUUUGUGACACUGAAUAGAGUAAACAUUUAAACCCACACAUUAAAGAGAAAGGGAAAAUGAUGAGUCAAAACACCCACAUGAAAGGAAAACUGUUGAGGGCCAAGCCACUCUGUUGAGUGUGAUUGUCUGUUGAUUGUUUAAUCUGCAAAGUGAU